AAUGGGCUCUCAAAUGGGAUUUCUUGUUCUCAUUGCACUGUGUUUUGUUGCCUCUACUUUGACAGAUGCCUUACAAUGGCUCCAAAACCCACCUUCUUCUUAUGCUCUUUCACCGGCUCAUGGCCUUCCCAUAGAGCAAACAGUCCCACCAUUUCAAGACCUGGCCCCUUUUCACCCUCCUCCAUUGAUGCAACAACCACCUCCAUUGGAACGACCAAGUUACAGUCUUCCACCAACUGAAAAACCACCUCUUUCUCAUAGACCUCCAUUACUCCGGCAAAAACCGCCUCCUUUUCAAAUGCUGUCACCUACCUCUCAUCCUCCACCACUGGUGCAAAACCCACCUGCUGUUCAAAAACCAGACCCUAUUCAUGCCCUCGCUCCUUUGCAAAACCCGCCGCCCACUUAUGCGCCCCAGCCUUUGCAAAGACCACCUGGAGUUAAGGCACCAACCCCUACUUUUGCACCCCCACCUGUGCAAAAACCACUUCCUAUUCGGGUGUCAUUGCCUGCUGAUAGCCCUGCACCAGAGCAAAAGCCACCUUUGGUUCAGCCACCUGGUUAUGCCCCUCUUCCACAGUUACUGCAAAAACCGCCUACCGUUCAAGCACCGCCACCUACGCACAGAACCCCACCACUGCAAAGCCAGCCACCUGUUUACACCCCCCCAUCGAUGCCAAAACCGCCUCCUGUUCAGGCAUCACCACCUAUUUAUGCACCCCCACCUAUGCAAAAUGCACCUCCAGUUCAAAAACCACCACCCACUCAUGGCCCUGCUCCUGCAGCAAAACCUCCUCCGGUUCAAAACCCACCACCCACACAUAGCCCUGCUCCUGCACAAAAACCACCACCUAGUAGUAGCCCCCCACCUACGCAAAAACCAUCUCCGCCUCCAAAACUGCCUCCUACUUUUGCACCCCCACCUAUGCAAAGGCCAUCUCCCGCUCCAAAACCGCCCGCUACUCAUGCACCCUCACCUAUGCAAAGACCAACUCCCGCUCCAAAACCACCUCCUACUCAUGCACCCCCACCGACGCAAAGACCAGCACCUACUCAUGCACCCCCACCAGUUCAAAACCAGCCUCCAUCUAAUAAAUCACCUCCUAAUUAUGCACCCCCACCUAAGCAAAAACCACCACCUGCUCAUAGUCCCGCACCUGGUCAACAACCACCUCCAGCUGGAAAACCACCACCUACUUAUGCACCACCUCCAAUGCAACAACCACCUCCAGUUCAAACACCACCACCUACUUAUGGCCCCCCACCUAUGCAAAAACCGCCCGCAGUUCCAAAACCACCACCUACUAAUGCUCCACCUCCUAGGCAGAAAUCACCUCCAGUUCAAAGCCCACCUCGUACUUAUAGGCCCCCACCUACGAAAAAACCGCCACCUACUUACACACCACCACCGAAGAGAAAUCCAACCCCUCCUCAACGACCUCCUCGUACUUACAGGCCACCGCCAAUGCGAAAACCUCCUCGUACUUAUAGGCCUCCACCACUUCGAAAACCACCUCCCGUUAAUAAGCCCACACCUACUCACAGGCCACCGCCAAUACGAAAACCUCAUCCGGUUCACAAACCGCCUCGUAUUUAUAGACCACCAGUAACCUACAGACCACCUCCAAUUUACAGGCCACCAAAGGAGCAUAAACCACAUCCAGGUCAUAGAUCUCCCCCAACCUAUAGCCCAAACCCAGGUAGAAAACUGCCUCCAAUUCAUAAACCCCCAACUUAUAGGCCACCACCAGUCAGAAAACCACUCCCUUAAAUAUAAGCCACCACCUUACAAAAAGCCACCUCCCACUAAGGUGCAGCCCUAGAUUCAGUGAUUCUUAUCUUUGAAAAUGAAGUAGAAGCCAUCAACUCAAAAUAAUAUAUUUACCCCAAAAAAAACUCAAAAUAAUGAGUGUUUUGAA